AUGGGGCUGAGUGAUAACAUUGGCUCAACGCUGGCGCUUAUUGUUCUAACGACGUGGAUUUUUGGGUCAGGAGUGACUUGCGAUGAGCCUGAGACCAUGUCUAGACCCACGAGGCCGAAAAUGAUGGCCAAUUCCGAUGAACUGAGGAAAUUUUUAGACGUUGUACGCGAUUAUUAUACUGUCAGUAGUAAAGCAAGGUAUGGAAAAAGGGGAGUAAUCCCAGCGAUAAUUGUUCACGAUCGUCCCCACACACGUGUGAUUAUUGAUUCACUGAUGAAAACACUUGAAAGUGUUAAAGAUAAACAUCGAGAGCGAGAAAAAGUAUUUAAGAUUGAAAAAACAGCCGGCACCGGGCACAAAAGAUACCAUGAUAAUCGUGUUAAGCAAGAAAAUAAAAAAAAUAUAAAUAUUCAUACGAGAGUAUUAUUUAAUUCAUUAUUACGACGAUGGUUAUAUCAUUUAAAAAAUUAA